UCAGAGGAAGUGGUGUCCAAACUAUAAUUGCCAAAACAUCUAUUGGGAAAGAAAUGUUGCCUUUAAUAGCAGUGAUUUUGACGUCUAUUCCAACACUAAUCCAUUCAACGGAUACAUCGGAAUUCACUCAACAAAAUAAUAGAUUUGCAUUCAAUCUGUUAAAUGUUUUGCCGCUAAAUCAAAAUCAUUUCUUCUCUCCUCUAAGUAUCAGUCAUUCCUUAUAUAUGUUAUUAAACGGAGCGAACGGACGGACAGAGACUGAAUUGAAGGCAUUGUUCAAUAUUCACACAAAUGAAACUCUUCAGCCAAUGAAUGAGAACAUUAAAAGUACAUUACAUUUAAUAAAUAGUAAAAAUUCCAACGACUCAGUUAUCCGUUUGGCAAAUCGUGUUCUCAUAUCAAACAUAUAUAAUUUGACCGAAAGUUAUAACAGUGUUAUGAGAGACACAUUCAAUGCGAGCGUCGAUUCGGUUGACUUCACUCAAAACGCCGACAAUAUUACCAAUAAUAUUAACGAUUGGAUUAGAGAACAAACAAAUGGCAAAAUUGAUAAACUUUUCGAUACGUUAGCCAACGAUACCCGGUUUGUCAUCACAAACGCCCUGUACUUCAGCGCCGUUUGGGAUAAGCCCUUCGACCCGUACUCCACAACCGAUGAUGACUUCUAUGGCAUCAAUAAGACAGCGAAAGUGCUUUUCAUGAGACAGGAGACAAAAUUUCGCUACACUUUUGAUCAGCAAUUAAACGCAUCGCUCAUUGAAUUGCCUUUCAUUCAUGAGAGCAAUAUAUCAAUGAUUAUUGUAUUUCCCAACAACACGAAUGGCUUCAAUAAUACAAUUGAAAAGUUGGUUUCACUAUCACUUAAUGAGAGACUCAAAAAUUUAUACAAUUCAGACAAAAGACAGCUCAAACUAAGGGUCCCUAAAUUUAAUUUGGAAACAAGUUAUGAUUUAAAGCAUCCGUUAAGACAAUUGGGACUAAACACGGCGUUUGAGUCGAGCGCCGACCUCUCGGGCAUUACUGGCGAUCGUAAUGUCAGAGUUUCUGAAGCCAUACAUAAGGCUGUAUUCAAAGUGACUGAAGUCGGGGCCGAAGCGUCGGCCGCCGUCGGCAUUGUUGGCGUCCCUCACAUAUGGAUACCACCGCUUGAGGUCACGAUUAACAGACCUUUUGUAUUCAUAAUCCGUGAUAACAAUACAGGUAUAGUCUUAUUCGUGGGUCAGGUGUUUGAUGUU